AUGGUGGAAGCGGACCGCCCAGGAAAGCUUUUCAUUGGAGGACUCAACCUCGAAACUGAUGAGAAAGCCCUCGAAGUCGCCUUCGGCAAAUACGGCCGCAUAGUCGAGGUGCUCCUGAUGAAAGACCGAGAAACCAACAAAUCGAGGGGCUUCGCGUUCAUCACCUUCGAGAGCCCAGCCGACGCCAAGGCCGCCAUCAGGGAUAUGAAUGGCAAGUCCCUGGAUGGUAAGACCAUCAAGAGAGAGGGCUUCUCGGGCCCGCCGCGCCGCGACCCCCCGCCGCGCCGCGACCCCUACCUGGGGCCCCGGGAGGAGGGCUACUCCCCCCGCGAUAGCUACUCGAGCCGCGACUACCCGAGCGCCCGCGAGUUCGCGCCCUCGCCCCGCGACUACGCCUACCGCGACUAUGGCCACUCGAGCGGCCGCGAUGACUGCCCUUCGAGAAGCUACAGCGACCGAGACGGCUACGGGGGUCGCGAGCGCGACUACGCCGAGCACCCGAGCGGAGGCUCCUACCGAGAGGUCUUCGAGGGCUACGGGGACCCGCGCGGCGCCGGCUCGGUGCGGGGCCCGCCGCCCAACUUCGGCGGGGGCGGCGGCCGCUACGAGGAGUACCGGGGCUGCUCCCCCGACGCCGCCUACGGGCGAGGCCGCGACGCUUACGCCGGCGGUCGCAGCGACCGCUACUCCCGAGGCCGCGAACGCGUGGGCCGGUCGGAUCGUGGGCUCCCCUCGUCCGUGGAGAGGGGGUGCCCGCCGCCGCGGGAUUCCUACAGCAGGUCGGGCCGCAGAGCGCCCAGGGGCGGAGGCCGCCUUGGAAGCCGCCCAGAGCGAGGAGGAGGCCGGAGCAGAUACUAA